GGCCCCAUGAGGUGAGUCAGUUUUGGAUUUGUGGUAUGCAGCACGCACAUAGUCUGCCUCACCAACUCCGCUGCGGCAUCCGCGUGACGAUGCACCGAGUCUGUCCCAUGGAGGUUAAGGCGCCCUCCCACCACUCCCUCAUCGCCCCUCAUGCACAAUGCAAUUGUUGCACCAACCCAACAUGGCAUGCCACCCCACCAAUCUGCACCUCCCAGCCCUGCCAGCCGGCCUGCUGCCUGACUGCAGAGAACAGGAGAGUGGGGAUCGGACUCCCAAGACCAAGAUCAUGUCCGACUCCGACGAUGGCCGUGGCGGCGGGAGGGCCGUGACGGGCAACACGCUCAUGCAGACCCUCCUCGAGCAGACCCAAAUCCCGCCGCCGCAGAGGAAGGUGGACGAGUUCUGGAGAAAAUUCACCACCAAAGCCCCAGGGAAGGCAACAACAAUCCUCCCCACCACCACCACCCUCACCACCCACUCAACCCCAACCACCGCCCCACCCCAGUUUAAACCGACCACCUACGACGAAGCCGCCGCCCAAUGCCGCGCCAAGGUCGCACAGAUCGUCGCCGAGUGCCGCCGCGUCAACACCCGGUACCGCGACCCGCACUUCGACCUCGACUACGACCUGCGCUCCGGCAGCCGGGACUGUCUCGAGUCGCUGAGCAACGAGUGCUGUGAUUACGGGAGUAGUGAUGAUGAAGACUCGGGGAUGAGAAAGGCGGAGGCGAGGCGGCGGCACAGGGCGCGCGGGCGGUGGCCCGGGUGCAAUUUCCGGCCCAAGUCGGUGAAGCGGGUCGGGGAGAUCUUUGACGAUCCCAAGUUCUUCAUCGACGGGCCCGCCGCCAACGACGUGCGCCAGGGCCGCGACGGCGACUGCUGGCUCAUGGCCGCCCUGUGCACCCUGAGCAACAAGCCCGGACUGAUCGAGCGCGUGUGCGUUGCGCGGAACGAGGACGUUGGCGUGUAUGGGUUCGUGUUCCACCGCGAUGGGGACUGGUUCAGUGAGAUUAUUGAUGACCAUCUCUAUCUCCUCAAACCCGACUACGACGACGCCCGCAUAGGCAGGCGGUUCAACAUCGAGCGCGCCCUGUGGGAGGACAUCGAACGGGCCGACUCGGAGGAAAAGUACCGGAAAAUCUACCAGUCUAACAGCGAGGCCCUCUAUUUUGCUCAGUGCGAGGACAAGAACGAGACCUGGCUCCCGCUGCUGGAGAAGGCCUACGCCAAGGCCCACGGCGACUAUGCCGCCAUCGAGGGCGGCUUCAACGGCGAGGGCAUCGAGGACCUCACCGGUGGCGUCACCACGGAACUGUUCACCAAGGAUAUUCUUGAUAAAGAACAUUUCUGGCAAGAGCUCAAGAAGGUCAACGCGGAGUUUUUAUUUGGCUGUUCAACUGGUCAUUGGGAUCUUGGUUUCGGAGAACGCAAGGGCAUUCAGGAAGGGCACUCGUACUCGGUCAUGCGAGCAGUCGAAGUUGAUGGCGAGCGGCUCCUCCUGCUCAAGAACCCGUGGGGAAGGGGUGAAUGGACCGGGGCAUGGAGCGAUGGUUCCAAGGAAUGGACACCAGAGUGGCUGCAGAAGCUUAACCACCGGUUUGGCGACGACGGUGCGUUCUGGAUUUCGUACAAGGACCUGCUGCGCAAGUACCAGUCCUUCGACCGCACUAGACUCUUCGGCCCGGAGUGGAAUAUUGCCUCUGUGUGGACGACGCUCAACGUUUCGUGGGCCUUGGAAUACCACGACACUAAGUUCUCCUUCACUCUCGCCAAACCCGGGCCCGUCGUCAUCGUCCUCUCCCAGCUCGACGACCGAUACUUCCGCGGCCUUGAGGGCGAGUACAUCUUUGGCUUGGGAUUCCGAGUCCACAAAGCCGGCGAGGAUGACUAUCUGGUCCGCAACCAUACUACCUACAGCAUGACCCGUUCCUGCAACGUCGAGCUCGAAUUGGAGGCCGGCGAGUACACCGUCUUGGUCAGGAUCGACGCCGACCGCCUUGAGGAUAUCCUGCCCCCCGAGGACGUAGUGCGGCGCAACGCGAGGAAGCGGCGCGAGAAGCUCCUGCGCAUUGGCCUCGCCUACGACUUAGCCCACAGCAAAGCUAGGGUUAUCGAGACGGCCGAGGAGAAGGCGGCACGGGAGGCCUAUGCUAAGUGGGCGAAGGAUAAGCGCCGCAACCAACUCCGCGAGACCAUCACCGGGAGAUUGCAGCGGAGGCUUUACUUCGAUCGCAAGAAGUGGGCGAAUGACCGAAAAGACAUGGCGUGGCAGAAAGAAGUGAAGCGGCAACGAGCCGAGAGACACAAGGCGAAACGAGAGGCGAAGCAGAGGGCGGCCGAGGAGGAAGCAAUACAGAAGGAAGCUGAAGAGGAAGCCAGACGUCAGCUAGAUACGGCGCUUGAGCAAGAAUCUAAAGCCGCAGAAGAGAACAUGGAAGCGGGGUCAGGAGGAGGAAUUCCGGCUGGGACCAAGGAGGACGGUGAAGAGGCCGAGCCCUCUCGACCGGAGCCUCCUAGCUCUGCAGAGGACACGCCGCCUGCUCCCGAUUCAGAGACCAAGCCUGACACUGAUGACACCAGGGGCUACGAGAAGGAGAUUACCCCGGCGGGCGCCGUACUUACUCAAACAGAGGCAGGUGCAGUCGGGCCAGCAGAUACCUCAGCCGCGCUUGUCCAGCGGCCCAAGGCAGCCAUGGUGGAGGGUACAGCCGGAGUGGCACGAGGACCCGCGGUGCCUGAUUCGCGCCCUGGACCCGAGGGGGGCGAGAGCGGCCCUAGCGUCGAGGUCAACGAAAUGCUCAGGACCACACUCGAGGUCGUAUCGAGCUUCAAGAAGGAGCUUGAAGGGUUGCUCGGCAAGAGCGCGGAUGGUCAUCUCCCAGAGGGUGCCGGCCACGACUCCCGGGACAUGCGCCCGUAUCCUCGCCAUCCACCUGCUCCCCCACAGUUCUACGGCCCGCCGCCGCAGCUGCUGCAGCGGCUGCCGCCAAGAUCAGAAGGCUACGACAGCGAAGAAGAAGAAGAAGACUACCCGGGUCCCUACGACUACCCGGAACGCAUCCCCAAGGGCCUCCUCAAGGGCACCAUCCCCGAGACUUCCGCCCCCCAGGGCCACACCCCCCUGGGCCGCGUGCCCAAGGACCCUAUCCACGGGGGCCGCCUCCCCCCGGACCGCCCCCUCCAGGGCCGCAUGCCCGAGGACCACAUCCCCCAGGACCAUAUCCCCCAGGACCCCAUCCACAAGGACCGCCUCCCCAAAGACCACACCCCCAACGCCCCCACCCCCAACGACACCCCAACGAAUCGCCCUACAACUCCGACCCCGACUCCGACUCCGACGCCGACACCGACAUCUGCAGCAUCCGCUCCAUCUCCACCCUCUCCGACACCGGCCUCGACUACGAGCUGCAGGCCAUCGACGAGGAGGAGGCCGAGCAGCGCCGCGCCAACCCGUCACCACCACCACCACAACAGGGACAACAACAGCGACAGCAGCAGGGACAGCGGCCUGUGUCCGGUGGCCGGCGGCUAA